UGGAAUAAGAUUUUAUUCCAAAAUAACGAAAAAUGAAUGAGGAUUCGGAAGUACUUUGUUCACCUCGAAAAAUCAGAAGAUUAGAACAUGCUCAGAUUUCAGCUUUGAAUGCUAACCAAAAAUUAUCGCAGGGGUCUCAGGAAUCAAGAGCCACUAGUACUCCUGCGAAAAAAUGUUUAUCUCAUACAUUUUCUAUAGCUUCUGAUAUAUCGAGUAUCACACAAGUACCUCCAACUAGAUCAGAUUCAAUAAUUGAAUCAGAUGAUGAGGAUGAUGCUUCUGAACUUAUAUCUCUUAUUGAAGAGUUGUCAUUAAAUGGAAGCUUAACCAUUCGGAGUGGGUUCUUACAUAGGCCAAACCCUAGAAUAUUUCGUGGUAAGGUGUGGAAGUUUUUCAAACCCAAAUAUCCAGAAUCAUUAUACUUCAAAAUCUUGGAAAACUUCGACACUAUAGAGGAUACCGUAUUUGAAUUCUUAGAAGAAUUGAGAUCUGAUGAGAGGAAAGGCACUUUAACUUUAAUAAAGUUCUUCGUGGAUCUUUGUGGAUAUCAAUCCGCUCAAAUUGAUGAUCAUUUUGAUUUUGAUCAAGACUUCUCUAUUUCUUGUGAGAAGGUAAUCAAGCUAAUGGAAUUUGAAUUUGUCGAUAAGGAUAUCUUGAGUGCCAAUACAUAUAUUUUCUAUGAAGCCGACAGGAACUCUAAAUUGGGCACAACACUAGCUGCCGCUGUAUAUAAAUGCGUUGAAAAGAUUAUAAUUGGUGCUUAUGGGCAAAAUAUUCUAUUCUCAAGACCAUUUCACAAGUAUAUUUUCCAUUUUUUCUUUUAUAUGUGUCAGAGUAAUCUGAGACCUAUCCGACACACAGGAAUUACUCUUGUGAGGCUGACUUUGAAAGCUCUGAACUAUAUUUAUCCCCGAAUUGUGAAAAGAUUAGAGCUAGGAGACUCUCAACAUGGACAUAGUUAUAUACCUAUUGAAAAAGAAAUAGAAUAUGCAGAGAAGUAUAUCCAGCAUUUUUAUGGCGUUUUUGCAAAAAACAGUUACAUCCCUGAUGUUAAAUUGUAUAUGAUCCGAGCUAAAAAUGUAAAAGAAAUGGGAUGUUGGAUGAUAGAAUUGCCUCAGAUUUAUUUUACUAACAGUGUUGCUCACUUGUUCAAACUCUCCCUUGAUGAGUCAGAAAUAGUUCGUUUGAGUGCAGUUCAGGUUUGGAAGACUUUAAUUAAAUCUAAAAGUUUACAUUUGCAUGUAACUAAGCAUCUCGAUGACAUAGUAAAACUACUUCAAGGUAGACUAAGAGAUGUUCAUGUUAGAGUAGUUGUAGAGGCUGUGGACUUUUUUUCAAUAUUAGUUGAUCAUUAUCCCAAGGCAAUCAAAGAGGAAGUCACUAGUGACAUUACCGAACUUCUCUAUGCUAAUAGUUACCUUUAUGGCAAGGUAGCUGGUUUUUUCACAAUCAAACUGCUAAAUUCAGCCAAAUUGUCUGAAGUAGAACUCCUGAAGAAACUUGUGGAUAUAUCAAGUGUGCCAAAGUUUCAGAAGAUGAAACAUUUUUUCGUUGAAUCUUUUGUGGAACAUAACACUGUUCUAGAUAAUUAUAAGCUAAUGAUAACUGUUCUGUUAUCUUAUAAAAAGGAAGAUGAAAAUGAUUUCCAAUUCACCCUUUCUCUGAUCGAAUUGAUGUAUUAUUCUAUUCACCAAAAGUUAAAGGGUUCAUGUAUGGUGCCGAGAAAACAUUCAUAUGAAGGUUCUCCAUCUUCCUAUUGCCAUGAAGAAAUAGCGAAGGUAUUUUUAUUGAACUUCAAAUAUCUUACUGAUCUUUUUCAAGAUAAAAUUGCUAUUUUGAAUUAUUUGUUCAAAAUACUUAUAAUGAUUGAUUUUGAAACGUUAACAACUUCAUAUCGACCCCAAUUUGUUUUCUUGAUGAAAAGUUCUAGAAUAAUAUUUUUGAAUGAAAAAGAUGAUGAACUGCUGGGAAAUAUCUGUAAGCUCUUCCACUAUCUGUGCUUUGAGAAAAAUACCUGCAUUAAAGAAGACCUACACAAAUUCUUAGUAAACUUAUUCGAAAAUCUCAGUUCAUAUUUAGAGGGAUAUUUAACCGAGGAAACUCAAGAAGUGGCUUUGGAUUCUCAUUUUGAAAAGAUAGGAAAACUAUAUGAAAAAUUCAAUAUGAACACAUUUUUCAAAUGGAAUACACUUUUUACAGUUUGGGGAAAUGUGCCUAUUUGUAGAGGUCAGAUGAUAUCUUGUCAGCACUUCAUCUUGUGGACAAUAAAGGAAUUAAUGAAAGACAUGCACAAGAGUAAUGAGGAUAAACAAAGAAUGAAGAAGAUCUCAUUGAAAAGUAAUUUCUCAGAAUAUGUGAAUUCCCUUGUUCAAUUAAUGACCACUCCUGAGGCUAAUGAAACCCUUAAACUUGAGGCAUUCGAAACUUUUUGCUUUUUGCAUCUAUUUUCCUAUGAGUUUGCUUCGAAACAUGAGGAACUAGAAGAUUUUAAGCAUCAAAUUCAGUUGAGUUUGAAGAAUCAUGUGCCAGAUGCAGUGAUUAAAUUCCUUACUAAUAAUAUUAUACACAAUAAGUCAACAACAUUUGAAAGGAGGAAAAAAUUAAUAUGCAUUUGGUUGGAUUUAAUUCUCAACUCGUUAUUAGACAUUUUCAAUAUCGUUCCUCUCUUUGAAUGUUAUCACACUAGAUCUGAGGAAUAUGGUGCCCUGAUAGAAUUCAUAGCUGGGAAAAUCUUUGCAAGGAGCCAAGAAGUAUUUUUUUGUCUUAUAUUAGCUACUUUGAGUAAAUUGGCAUCACAUGUUUUCCAAACUUUAUGCAGGUCAUUUUCUAGCCCAGAAGCUAGACAGUUAAUGGCUUUAACAGUGAAAUUCGGAAACAUGAAACAAUUCACAAAAGCUUCUGGCGAAGUACUCAAGAUGCUCCACUUAGGUUUUAGGCAUUGUUUCAAAGAUACUCCUUUAUUGGAGUUACUAGUCCUCUUACAGAAUUUUUUACCCAAAUUGACAGAAGAACACCAGAAGGCUUGUUUGAAGAUUUUUGGAGCAAUUACUCCGCAAGAAUUCGAAAAUCAAGAAUAUGUAAGAACUUUCAGAACUAAAUUACAACUGGGCAAGAAGAGUAUUGGAAACUCAACCGUUGCAAGCAAGGAUACUACUUCUACCACUGAAAUUGUCUUGGAUUCUGAAAAAUCUAACAUUAAGACUGAAAAGCAAACGAAGAAACGUGUAAGAGAAGGAAAUGACAACAAAACCAAGGGAAAGAAAUCUGUGGCAUUUGAUGAUUCAUCCAAAGAAAAUGCUGAGGAGAACACACGCCCUAAAAAGAAAAAGAGGACAGCAAAGUCUAAAAAAAACAAGAGUUAGCGCAAUAUAUACUUUCAUUGUUUAAAUAGUCACUUUUAUCUUGCAGUUGCAAUAUCUAUUUGUUUUUUCUACUUGUUACUGUUCAUAUUCUUUAUGUUCUGUUUUUUUUUUUGAAUUUAUGGAUUUUAUAAUAAGCAUUGUAAUAUUUAGGAGAUUGAGUUAGUUAAGACCCUUCAUUACAAUAAAAGACAUGUAGGCAAUAAAAAUAAUUUUAAUAACAAAUUUCAGUAUAUAUCUAAGAAGAUAUAUCAACAUAUUUCAAGGUAGCAAAUCUCAUAUCUUGCUACAAAGAUAUUUUGAACAGAAAAUUUUCAAAAACAAGGCAAGAUUUGCCUACUUUUUUUAGUUAGAUCACAUUGUAAAAUCACAUUUGUUAAAUGCCUGAAAACAAGGUUUACUAUAUGGUUUAACACUUCGACCACUCACGCACAUUCUACCAAGAUUACUAUAACAAAUCUUGCCAGUUAAACACUUUGUGUAAUACUGCACGAACCCCAUGAAGAACUAAUCUGAAUUAUUCUACUGAAUUUAUUUGAAGUUGUCAUUUUUUGUAAUAACCUGUUAAAAUUAUAAUAAAGAUAUCUCAGUUUUGUA